GACUGAGGCAGUUUACCUGUGGGACCUGAGCUGAGCUCUGAAGCAUUUGGAGAGGAGCUGGGGAUUGCAGGGAGCUCCUGUUCUCCUCUGAAGAAAGCAGGAUGUACAGCAAUGGCCAUCACGACGCCGCCUUGCCACAAAAGCCCCUGUCCCGCAAACCUCUGGGCAAACUGUGUCAGAGGGUGGAGGAACUGAAGAGUCCGUGGCGGCAGAGCUCCGCGCUGGAGCUCAGUCACAGCGAAGCGGCCAGGCUGGCCACCGACGCGCUCCUGGAGUCCGGCAUCCCCGGUUACCAGCGGGUUCUGGCUGAGGAGAGGGAGCUGGGCUUCUUGUCCGAGCUGGAGUUGGACUACAUCAGCCGCAGCGGAGCGGCCAGGCUGCCCGGCUCCACGGCAGAGCUCCGCGACAGGGGCAGCCGCUGCAGCUUCGCAGAGGGGGACGCGCUGUCCGAGCUGACCUCGGCCACUUACUUCCCGAUUCAGACCGACUCGGAGGCCCCUCUGCUCGACCUGGGCUGGAGCCAACCACAGAGGGCCGUGGGCCUGCCCUCAGAGUCGCAGAUCAUCUUCCAGAGAGACAAAUGCCACAGCAUCAAGGACACUGUCCGGCAACUACUUAGCAACGCCAAGACGCUCAUCGCGAUUGUGAUGGACCUGUUCACUGACGUAGACAUUCUCUGUGAUCUGCUGGAGGCUUCGAAUAAACGAGGAGUCUCGGUCUACCUGUUACUGGACGAGUCUAACCUGGAGCAUUUUAUAUCAAUGUGUGAUCAACUCGACAUCCGGAAGGAUCAUGUCGCUAACAUGCGGAUUCGAAGUGUGAUGGGAGACACCUACUGCACCAAGUCUGGGAUGAAAUUCAAUGGGCAGGUCCUGGAAAAGUUCAUGAUCAUUGAUCUGGAGCAAGUAUUGGCUGGUUCAUACAGCUUCACCUGGCUUUCAGGUCAGGUACAUCUCAACUUUGUCAUGCUGCUGACCGGGGAGUUAACUCAGGAAUUUGACGAUGAGUUUCGCUGCCUCUACGCCGAGUCAAAGCCCAUUGAUCGCUUCUCCUGCGCGGAGGAGGAAGAUCUCACGUAUUCCACGUCCAAGCUCCGCAUCGCCGCGGUUCAGCCGGCGGUGAUGGAACGGCUGGCAGAUCCCAUCCUCUCCAACCCUUCCAGCAGCAGGUCCGGGAGCAGCUCUCUCAGCAUCAUCCAGACCACCACCCCAGCUGCACAGGUGCUGCGGGAACGCAAGCGUACCAGUCCCAGCGCCCCCAAUAACGUGUCCGUAGCAAACCGGAAAAUCAAAGAGAAUGGCAGAUCAGGCAUGGACUGGGCAAGUGAUCCAAUGGUGAGGCCAAGCGCAUUGGGUCCCAAACCAAACCAUGUGCAUUACGUCCGCAAUACGAGUCUUCCCAGUCAAACAGCCGCUAACACCCACCACGGCCCUGUCCACACAUCCAGAAACAAGUCGGCAAGAGAUGAUUUGGACGAAACUGGAACAUUGACUCCUCCAUCGCCAUCACUGGCGACAGUGAAUCACGGGGACGUACUCCAUCACACAGCGGAACUGGGUGACUGCACCAACGACGAACAGAAAUCACCACAGGGGUUCACAAGGACAGGAAACCGACUGACCCUCGGACAUAGCAAGUUAGAAAUGAUGAUAGAAUAUAAUGAUAAAAUGAGAGCCAGGAAUACAUUCAGCCGCUUUCAGCUGGUGAAGCACGAUCCUUAAAGGGUGGCUUUGUCUAAGGGGCAAAGGGUUCGAGAGACAAUAUCCAACAGAGCCAUUCGAAUGACCUGUAGACUCAUCGCCUAAACCGCGGUGGGCAGUGAAGAGCCAGGCUUUGAUGGGAUUUGGUGCCUGGUAACUGUGCUUUCUGAUGGGAUUGUGCUCUUCAAAAAUACACCGUACAGCUUGCCUUGAGGUGGAUCGUAGCCAUUAAGAUGAUCAGAGGUACAGGUGUUGAGUCUUAAGUAAGAAAGAGACCAAACCGAGUAUUUAUGAUUAAACGACCAAUGACCAGUG